GCCUCUCGUGACCGCCCCUCCGCGGCUGAUCAGAGGUCUGGGUGCCCCCCCCAACUUAACGCGGUCGGGGUUCCCGGUCCCACCUAACGCGAUCCUGGGUUCCCGGCCCGCAGCCGACUGCCAGCGGCUUGGUGCCGCCGAGGGUCGGGAGGGCGCGAGCUCGUACCCACGGCUGCGAGGAGGGUUUCCCCAGACCGAGGCGCGGAAACGGGGUGCUCCGGCCUCCCGCCGGCUCUCCGCCUGAUCUUCGCGGUCGCAGACGCUGUGCGCCCUGCGCGAUGGGUGCCAACGAGGACCAGGAGAUGGAACUAGAAGCUUUACGUUCUAUUUAUGAAGGAGAUGAAAGCUUCCGGGAAUUAAGUCCGGUUUCGUUUCAGUACAGGAUAGGUGAAGAUGGUGAUCCCAAAGCCUUCCUAAUAGAGAUUUCCUGGACAGAGACCUAUCCCCAGACGCCUCCGGUUAUAUCUAUGAACGCCUUUUUUAACAACACCAUCUCCUCGGCUGUGAAGCAGAGCAUCUUAGCCAAGCUACAGGAAGCGGUAGAAGUGAACCUUGGCACCGCCAUGACCUACACGUUGUUCGAGUAUGCAAAGGACAAUAAAGAGCAGUUCAUGGAGAACCACCAUCCCGGGAAUUCUACGCCAACAUCCAUAGCCAAUAUCAUCUCGGUUGAAACUCCCAGCACAGCCCCAUCAAGUAAGAAAAAAGACAAGAAAGAACAACUUUCCAAAGCUCAGAAACGCAAGCUGGCAGAUAAGACAGAUCACAAAGGGGAGCUCCCUCGAGGCUGGAACUGGGUUGAUGUCGUGAAGCAUUUAAGCAAAACUGGCUCUAAAGACGAUGAGUAGCCCCUGCAGAAGAAGCAAGAGCAUCUCUGCAAGGCAGCCCGGAUCAACAUGGCUCCUUACCUUUUCUGGCACCGAGUGGCUUUUUACAAGACAUAGCUCUUUUGUAUGUGUCUUUAAAAAUAGAAGUGGAAAGUCCACGACGAGAUCUGGCUGUAGUAAAUUAUUUUCACAAGCUCGCCUUCGUGAAAGGUGAAAGUGUAGCCGUUGAGAGCAUCGUCGGCAGUGGAUGGCCCUGAGGGGUGAGUCAGUGGUGCCCGGGAUAGCAUCGCUGGUAUUCCAUGGCAUGACCAUAGCAACAGGCGUCUCCCCGUAAGUCGCCAUCUCCUUCUGCUUGGAUAACCAAGAGAAAGCUGCUACAGAGCAAUCUCAGCACUGGUGCUGAGGGUUCUGAUUCUUUCUGUAGUUCCUCAUUCGUCAGCAGUCACUUGCUUCCCCUUAAUAAACUGAUAUCUAGUUCUACUUUUCUCUUAGCUUGGGUGAAGGUGUUUGACCAUGAGAUCUUCCAAUUCUAUGAAUAAUAGAAAGAAUAUAAGAAGAAAACGGAGAGCCUGGGAAGGAGCUCAGUCAGUAAAGGGCUCGCCGUGCAAGCACGAGGACCCGCGCUCAGGUCCCCAGCAGCCACGGAGAAAGCCGGGCAUGCGCCUGAAACCCAGUGCUGGGCGGGCAGGGACGGGAGGAUCCCUGGUGCUUGCUGGCCAGCCAGUCUGGCGGAAUCCCUGAACUCCCGGUUCAGUGAAAGACGCUAUCUCAAAUAAAUAGUAGAAAGCAAUACAGGAAGAAGACACAUAACAGAUCUCGGGCCUCAACAGGCAACACACACAAAUAUAUAGAUAUACAACAAACAAAACAAAAACAACAGGUUUGCCAAAUACUUCAGAAGGCAUUUGGAUAAGUGCUAGCUCUUGUUUCAAAUACUUCUCUUUGCUGCAAAUGCCAGGAUGAGUAGAAGAUGCCUUAAUAUUUAAUUUUUGUAUUGUUGGAGACGGUGGUUUUAAUAAAUUCCUAUUAUCUGC